UGCAGUCACCGGCUGCGACCACGUGCGUCAGCCUGUUGCCGGAACAAAGCCAGUCAGUUGAUGAUCCUGAUAAACGUUGAACAGGGCGAUGGAGGCCGCUGAGGAAACAGAGCUGUGGCCCACCGAUGGCUUAACCAGCACGAACCUGCAACUGCCUCCUGAAGCUGAUGCACUUCUGGAAGGCAAAAGUCCAGCUGCCCGCUUCCUUCAAGCGGAGUUGGGCCUAAAUAGACGGCUGCAGGAGAUGACGUUUUGUGACCCAGUGAAGUACAUUUAUAACCCGUUGGUAUACGCCUGGGACCUCCACCUGUGCUACGUUAACAAGUACUGCCAGGCGCACAAGACUGUGCUUUUCCUGGGGAUGAAUCCUGGGCCUUUUGGAAUGGCACAAACCGGGGUGCCCUUUGGAGAGGUGCAGUUUGUGCGAGACUGGCUGCAAAUCACCGGAGAGGUGACUCGUCCUGAAGUGGAACACCCAAAGCGACCGAUCCAAGGGCUAAAUUGUCAAAGAAGUGAGGUGAGCGGUGCAAGAUUUUGGGGAUUUUUCCAGAAACUGUGUGUCACACCAGCAGUGUUUUUUCGCAACUGCUUUGUGCACAAUCUGUGCCCUCUUGUCUUCAUGAACGAAGCGGGCAAGAACCUGACUCCAUCUGACCUGCCGGCAGCACAGCGAGAGAAGCUCCUGCAGAUAUGUGACGAAGCUCUCUGCCAGGUGGUGCAAGCACUGGGGGUCACCACCGUCAUUGGGAUCGGCAAGUUGGCCGAAACGCGGGCCCGGAAGGCUCUGUGCACCGCCGGGAUGGAGACUCGUGUGGUUGGAAUCAUGCAUCCGUCUCCUCGAAAUCCACAAGCGAAUAAGGGCUGGGAGGAAAUUACUAGGAACAGACUUGAGGAGCUCAAUAUCUUGCCUUUGUUAACUUAGAGACAUGAAUUGACUUCAUUGUUUUGUUUUUUUUCAAAUGUGUUUAAACAGCUGGACUGAAAUGGAACAGAGUGCAAUCCUGACUAAACAAUGAAGAUGUUGGGAAAAGCGGCUCUAAAUUAUCUUCCUCUAUGCUAACUUCUUGAGGUCGAUAAAACAGAUAUGCUAUUUAGUCAAAUUUUCCUCAGUACAGCAUCUAGCUGGUCAGGUUAGUGCACAUGUCUUCAAAUGCUUGCCCCUCCACAUUGCUGCUACCCAUGUAAAUGUUUUACUGUCUUUAUUCUUACAUAUGUUCAAUAACAUCCAUGUGGGGCUCUUUGUGCAAUUUUACUGAUAUCAACCAUGAGGAACAUUGAAGCUGUAAGCAUACAGUAUCUCACAAAAGUGAGUACACCCCUCACAUUUUUGUAAAUAUUUUAUUAUAUCUUUUCAUGGGACAACACUGAAGAUAUGACACUUUGAUACAGUGUAAAGUAGUCCGCUUGUAUCACAGUGUAAAUUUGCUGUCCCCUCAAAAUAGCUCAACACACAGCUAGUAAUGUGUAAACCACUGGCAACAAAAGUGAGUACACCCCUAAGUGAAAACUGUCCAGAUUGUGCCCAAAGUGUCAAUAUUUUGGGUGGCCACCAUUAUUUUCCAGCACUGCAUGAACUCUCUUGGGCAUGGAGUUCACACGAGCUUCACAGGUUUCCACUCCUCCAUGACGCCAUCAUGGACCUGGUGGAUGUUAGAGACCUUGUGCUCCUCCACCUUCCCCACAGAGACUGAAUAGGGUUUAGGUCUGGAGACCUGCUUGGCCAGUCCAGCACCUUCACCCUCAGUUUCUUUAGCAGGGCAGUGGGUCGUCUUGGAGGUGUGUUUGGGGUCGUUAUCAUGUUCAGUUUCCGAAGGGAGGAGAUCAUGCUCUACUUCAGUAUGUUACAGUACAUGUUGGCCUUCAUGGUGCCCUCAAUGAACUAUAGCUCCCCAGUGCCGGCAGCACUCAUGCAGCUCCAAACCAUGACACUCCCACCACCAUGCUUGACUGUAGGUGAGACACACUUGUCUUUGUACUCCUCACACACGCUUGACACCAUCUGAACCCAAUAAGUUUAUCAUGGUCUCAUCAGACCACAGCACAUGGUUCCUGUAAUCCAGGUCCUUAGUCUGCUUCUCUUCAGCAAACUGUUUGUGGGCUUUCUUGUGCAUCAUCUUUAGAGGAGGCUUCCUUCUGGGACGACAGCCAUGCAGACCAGUUUGAUGAAGUGUGCGGGGGGCGUAUGGUCUGAGCAUUGACAGGCUGACCCCCCUCUGCAGCAAUGCUGGCAGCACUCAUACGUCUAUUUUCAAAAGACAACCUCUGGAUAUGACGCUGAGUACAUGCACUCAACUUCUUUGGUCAACCAUGGCGAGGCCUGUUCUGAGUGGGACCUGUCCUGUUAAACUGUUGUAUGGUCUUGGCCACCGUGCUGCAGCUCAGUUUCAGGGUGUUGCCAAUCUUCUUAUCGCCUCAGCCAUCUUUAUGUAGAGCAGCAAUUCUUUUUUUCAGAUCCUCAGAGAAUUCAUUGCCAUGAGGUGCCAUGUUGAACUUCCAGUGACCAGUAUGAGAGAGUGUGAGAGCAAGAACACCAAAUUUAACACACCUGAGACCUGGUAACACGAACGAGUCACAUGACACCCACCGGGGAGGGAAAAUGGCUAAUUGGGCACAAUUUGGACAUUUUUAUCUUACGGGUGUACUCACUUUUGUUGUUAGACAUUGAUGGCUGUGUGUUGAGUUAUUUUGAGGGGACCGCACAUUUAGACUUUGAUACACGCUGUCCACGGACUACUUUACAUUGGGUCAAAGUGUCAUAUCUUCAGUGUUGUCCAUUCAAAAGAUUUCAUAAAAUAUUUACAAAAAUGUGAGGGGUGUUCUCACUUUUGUGACAUACUGUAUAACAUUACUGGGCAUUUGGAAGGUGCCUUGAGGUUAUGAAUGGCAUCUAGUAAGGGGUCACACCAAACAGAAAAGGUCUCCAUUAAUCAGAUCUCGUAUAAUCAAAUCUCAGUUUUCCAAGACCUCUUUUCCGUAUACAGGGUGAGCCAAAAUGAAGUACCCCAUUUCUCAAGGUCACUGCGUGAGGUAGAAGCGGCCGAGUGGUUUUGCAGGGGGUCCUUUGAUAAGACGAUCCCUUGUAGUUUUCAGUCGGCCACAUGCCUUGGUCCGGUGCACACCUUUGUUUUCACUGUCGAAGUCUUCUUCAAAAACAACUAAUCCAUCAUCGCAACGCAACACGCCUUCCGAACGCACUUCAGCAUUCCAUCCCAAUCGGAAAACAAUUCUGACAAUUUAGGCAGACGGGUCCAACAUUGAACAGAAAAUCUCCAGGCCAUCCUCUGACUGUACGAACAAAUGCCUGAAAGCGUCCAAGCUGUAAGGGCGUCCAUUUUGCCGUCUCCUAGACGUUCAGCGUGCUUCCACCUUUGGCAUUUCCAACACGUCUUUGAUUUUGCAUGUGGACAUUAAUUUCCAUCCAUACAAAAUGAUGGGAGUGCAGAAACUCACUGAGAGAGACUGGCAGAGCCGAAGAGAGUUGUGCGCUCCAACAUUCAGCAAGCCGUUCAUCGAGAUGCCAUUGUCAUGUGUAGCGGCGAGGCACAUUUCCAUUUGAAUGGUUGCGUAAAUUAGCAAAAACCUUCGCUACUGGGCUGAAACCCAACCCUCGUGAACUUCAUCAGAGACUCCCACACAGUCAGCACACGUUUAGUGCGUCGUUGCAGAAUUUGGCAUUGUAGGCCCUUAAGGGGGAGCAACAGUCACCGUCACUUCAGAACGUGACAUUGAAAUGCUAGAGAACUGGAAAAAUGGCAACAGCUUAUACGGCACUGCGUGGAGAUCCAUGUAAGUUUUGCGUGAGAAGCUGAUCAUCCUGCGCGGCAAUGUCGUGGUGGCCUUCACAUUUGCCUGAUCUCGCUCCAUGUGAUUUCUUCUCAAGUCGAAGGUCUACACACACCGACCACAAAAUCGAACGUUAUUCGCCACAAAAUCACCCCCUACUCCCCUUGAAAUGGCCGAAAGAGGCAUGCGAGCGUUCAUAAAUCUCGAAGAGCGUAUCACUAAUGAUGGCCACCACCCUGAAGACAUCAUUUUUAAAACACAGUGACAAAAAUCUAUUCUGUCGUCAUGAAAUUUAUUUUAUCUUGUAGCGUUUUUGUUGAGUAAACGUUUGAAAUGUGGUACUUUUUUUUGGCUCACCCUGUAUACGUUAUACAAGGAGUUUACUGGUAAACUGUCAGGUUAACAUCUUUCACCAUCUUACAAUGCUGUGAUUGUAGCCAUUCCCCAACUCUCUGUGAAUGGUACUCAUGACCAUUGAUCAAUGGACAAUUUGCACGUCAUUGAUCACACGGCCAAUCGUUAGUCAAAGGUGAUAGUUUCGGUCAUUAUGCAAAGGUACUGUUGAUAAGGUUGGAGAAACCCGCAGUCAACUGAGACUGAGGAAGUCACUUGGAUGAGUGAUGUAACAUAUCUCCCUGGAAAAGAACGAAGUCCAGAUGAACUGAAUCAACUUUCUAGAAUUUCCUUCCCUGGAUUUAUUGAGCAUGCAUCGAGACUGUCAGGUUAACAAAAUCAAAGUAAAACUCAACCCAACAAUUUCCCAGGUCAACCUUAUUAAUAGUGACGCCUUGGGAUUUAGUGACGCAGUUAAUGAACGAGUGAAGCCGUAAAAUUUCAGCAUUUACCACGCAAACCUUCACGGCAGCCUUGUAUACGAUGCACAUAACAUUAAUGUGCGUGGAAAAAUAAAAAAGAAUCAUCACAGACCUUUAACUCGAUAGUGUCCAAAAAUGAUCACGUGAAGUUUGCUUUGCAUUUUUAGCUAUUUGGAGACUAAAUAGGGCAGAAUCUGAAAUAAAGUGAGCCAAGGUGAGCAGGAAACCAUUUAGCCUGGUUACCACCAGACAUGGGCAUGUGCUGUCUGGCUCACAGCUGGCUCCGUCUUUGUUAAAUUGAAGGCAUUUUUCAUCUGUGAAAGGAGCUGUGCACUCAGACAGCAGUGAAACAGAAUUAAAACAAAUGGAGCGUAGGGCACACGAGGUGGAGAGGGAGCUUUGUGCUUCUCAAAUGUGGUAGCCCCACGUCCUCCUGAGCUUUGCUGCUUCGUAUUUUGUACAACGUUUUUUUUUUUUUUUUUUCUGUUUCCAAAAAUUCUAGCAAUGUCUUGAAUGCAUUAGGAGCAAGUGUGCAUGAAUAUGCAAAGAAAAUGCUAGAAACUGAAACAUGUGCAACAUUUGACCAUGGCUGGUAUUUCCUUUUAGACAAAAUUCAAAAUCACUUGUUAUGUAUGCUGGCCAUUAACCCUUUACACGAGAACCAGAUUUCUAGUUGGUUGGUCUGGAGCUGUCUCGUGAACGACUAUUCAGCCGUUGCCUUUCAUACGUACACGGACGAGCAAAUCGCAAGAAGUCGCUGGGAUUCAGGCAUCAGUUGUUAGUAAAUAGUUAAUAAUAGUUUGGUCACCCUUCACUGAAGUAAACCCUAAUCCAGUAUAGCGGACAUAGAGGAGUUGCUUUUCAUGGCACUUACCUGUAUGCAUCUACAUUACGUGCCUAACGUGCGCAAAAGCCUAGCAGUCUGCCUGUCACAAUAGUUUUGUGAUUAACCCUGCGGCGUUGCGCACGUGCCCAGUGUAGGCAAAUAUCUAUGUAUCUGUGUCAUUGGCUGUUUCAGUGUAUUUAGGGUUAGAGCAGUGCUUCCUAAACUCGGUCCUGGGGACCGACCCCCUGUGGCUGCAGGUUUUUGUUCCCACCAGCUUCUCUUUUUAAUUGGACUCCUGGGCUAAUUAAAUGAAAUGUUAUUUCCCAGAUUCUGUGUUUUGGAAAUAGUAGAGAAAUUAGGAAGCAAAGAAAAAAAAAAAAUUAACUCUUUGAGGGCUAAGUAUUUUUUCAUCUGUAUUUGAGCAGGUGCCGGCCACCGGAACCUGAUGGCGGAUCUGACGAGAGCUCGACGCGAAUGUGCAAAGCAAAAUACUCUGUAGAUAACGUGUUGCGUAUAAUUACUGAAUCGGACUCGAACGUAUCGCACUGAGAUUUUGAUACAAGGAACCUAAAAUGCACCAGUAUCAGCUGAUUGGCCCUCUAGCUGACUGGUGCUGAACGCUACUGUACGUCGUUUUAAGUUGACACCCACCCUUGAAAGAGUUAAAAUGUACAAGGCAGUUAUAUGGGAAUAGAGUUUUAUAUUUUCGUCUUGAUUUUCAUUCUACCUUUCUAAGUGUUCUAAUUGUUUAAUUAAUCCAUUAUUUAGUAGGUAGUGGGGCUGACGCUAAAGCAGUUGCAACCUUUCACGUUUCAGUGUUGUUUGCCAGAGUGUCUGCUCUGCUCGUUUUUAAUUGUCAUUUAUAAGAUACAACAAAGGGGGAAAACUAUACAGGGAAAGGGCAAAAUAGAACGAAAUCAACAAAAGGGAGUUCAGUAUUUCAAUCGAUUAGCAAAAGCAAAAAUAAUUCUAAAUGUCGUGUAAAUGUAAAAACUAUGCUGCUGUGCUUUUCUGAUUGUAGAAUGAGAGAAAAAAAAAUACCAGCUAACCUAUGAGAUGCGUGUUAUCAGGUGAUUAGGAAUCUGGUUGGAACAAAAACCUGCAGCCACAAGGGGGUCCCCCACCCCAGGACAGAGUUUGGGAAGCACUGGCGUAGACAAUAUGAAAACGCUGGUGUGGACAGAGAUCACUCAAGUGCUGUUUUUAAUGGAAAAUGUAGUAGUGUGGACAUCACCUCACAGACACACUUACGCAAGGUUCGUUUAAAAUAAGCUGUUAUCCUAAUGUUUGGGAUAUUGUAGGAAAACUGUGGGAACACCUUCUGCAUAAUUAGUAACUGUAAUGGCAGCUUUAUACAUCUUGAAACAUUAGACAAUGAGGUUUCACUGUUUUGGAAUUUGUGUACUGGGUAACACUAACCUCUCUCCUCAUCUCUAGUACAUGUAAUUUUAUUAUUAUUUUUUUACUUUUCUUGUAUCCGAAGUAUAGUGAAAGUAUUGUAAACGUCCAAAGAUGCCAUGUCGAGUUUUGAUGAGUCUCCAUGUUUUAGUCCUCCCUGACUUUCUCGUAUACGAAGUAUAAGGAAGGUAUUGUAAUCGUCCAAAAAAUUCCAUUUCAAGAUUUUGAUGAAUCUCGAUGUUUUAGACCUCAACGAGUCCAAUUUACUUUCUCGUAGGUAAAGUAUUGUAAUCGUCCAAAAAAUUCCAUUUCGGGAUUUUGAUGAAUCUCGAUUUUGUAGACCUCACCGAGUCCGAUUUACUUUCUUGUAGUGGAAGCAUUGUAAUUGUCAAAAAAAAUUCCAUUUCGGGAUUUUGAUGAAUCUCUACAUUUUAGACUUCACUGAGUCCGAUUUACUUUCUCGUAGGAAAAGUAUUAUAAUCAUUCAAAAAAAAUUCCAUUUCGAGGCUUUGACAAAUCUCAAUGUUUUUAGACCUCACCGUGUCUGAUUUACUUUCUCAUAGGUAAAGUAUUGUAAUCAUCCAAAAAAAUUACAUUUCGGGAUUUUGGUGAAUCUCAAUGGUUUUAGACCUCACAGAGUCCGAUUUACUUUCUUGUAGUGGAAGUAUUGUAAUCGUCCAAAAAAUUCCAUUUCAAAAUUUUUACGAAUCUCAAUGUUUUAGACCUCACCGAGUCUGAUUUAUUUUCUCGUAGGAGAAGUAUUGUAAUCAUCCAAAAAAUACCAUUUCGAUAUUUUGAUGAAUCUCGACGUUUUAGAACUCUCUGAAUCAGAAAAUAUCAAUUUUUGGAAUUAUGUGUGUGUGUGUGUGUGUGUGUAACACGAUAACUUGAAUACACUUUCACUUCGGUCAACCAAAUUUUGCAUACAAGUAUUAGAUACAAAACAUCGAUUUCUAUCAACUUUCAGGCUAUUUCCAUUUACCGGAAUUGGUACUUAACCUUAUAUUCAUGCAGCUGCGGAGUCCGAUUUAUUCAACUGUAUUUUUAUAAUAAUUGUUCAUUGUAUUAUUAAUUGAUUUGAUUAGUUGUUGAUGGUUCUUUAAUGUACAUAAUAUAAAAAUACAGGGUGAGUCAAAAUUAUGUUAACACUAAUGGUGCUGCUAUGUAUAUACUUUGUGGCAGACGACCGGGGACCUUGCCUCACCGGGACGCCUGGAGAGUGGAAAGACUGGGAGAGAGGCAAUACCUCCCCCAGGGCCACAAGAUGGCAACAAAACCCUUGGUUUGCAUCGGGGUUUGGAAGCUCAGUCCUGUUGGGGACCGUGACCAGUGCCAGGGGGCCCUUGGACUGCAGCACUUCCGCCACACCAGGAAGUUCUGCAGGAAGAGCGUCGGGGAGUACAUCCAGGUACCUUAUAACAGGGGCCGCCUGGAGUUGGGAGGUAGAAGACAGAUCUUGCAAAGGGAGAGGAGUGGAGGCGGCUGAAGGAGAGAAGAAGGGAAAAGGAAAGAAUGGACUGGGAGCCAUUUGCACUGGGUGAUAUAAUGUGUGGUGCUGUGUGCAGGAGACAGGAAUAAACGUGUGUGUGUUUGGGACGUUUGUCUCAUGGUCUGUUUGUGUCCAGGCUGAAUCUUCACAACUUAUAUACAGUUAUUGUGGACAAUGUAUGUGCCACAUACGGUAUAUGUGUUAUGGCGAACCGGUUGAGACAAUCCUGUAAAUCAUUUUGCACAUAUGAAGUAUGUUUUGUGAAUAAAUUAUUUCCGCCAUUCAAAUGUUAACAUAAUUUUGACUCGCCCUGUAUAAUCCUUGUCUUAUGGUUUACUCCUCAAAUAUCCAUCCCCAUAUCUGAGUAUACGAGAAAGUGGAGGGGAGAGCACUCCUGGUUUUUUAUUUUUUUUUUUUCAAAUCUCGUAACUUUCCUGACGGGAGGGUGUCAUUUGUCUGCCUCCAUUAUGAACACUAAACUUUUAUGUGUACCGGACUGCUCUUUAAAGUUCUCAGCUGUAUUAUCUUUUGACUUUCUGAUCCAUUUUAGAUUUUGUGUCCACACUCCAGACCUUUCCCCACUAACAAAAGCAUUAAUGUUCUUUUUAACACUUGUUCAUUUGGCUAAAAUAUUGAUUUGACGUGUCAAUUAUACUUGACAACAAAGAUUUUGCUUCCUGA